AGGGUGGUGAAGGAAAUGCAAAAUUUUUUAUUCAAUAAAGUGGAAAAGGGAUUUUUUCCAUUUAAAAAUCCAUUUUAUUUAUUAUUUAAUGUGAAUUUUCUUAUUUAUUUUAGUGUUUUUAUAAUGUUCACUUGUAAUUAUGUCUAGGUAGCAUUCGUUAAAUAUUUAAGUGAAAGCAAAAACUGUUUUCAGGAAGUGCAACUGGAAAAUGAAAUUUUUUAAAUUGUUUGCAUAAUUAUUAGAGAUUAAAUGUCUUGGGCUCAACGUAGAGGACCUUCUAGGCCUGGUGCCACUGCUACCCCACCUGUACAAAUGUAUAAUCCAAAUCAACAUUCCAAUAACACUGAGUGGCAAUCGUCAGCUCCUCAACAAUGGCACCCUCAACAACAACCCACCAGACAAGAAGUCAACCAAACUCAACCCUAUUGGCAACAACCUUCUCAAACGUAUCCUACCCCAACCCCUAAUGCAAAUACAGCCUCACAAUUUCAACAAUACCAACAACCAGAUCAGCAGAGUGCAUAUUUUCAAAACAGCGCAGCUGGGUACACUCUUCAUACACAACAACCACAACCACCGGCUUAUGGCAACGUGCAAUACUCGCAACAGUUAGAUCAGAAUAAUGUUUACGCUAGUGCUGGACAACAACAAUCUACAGUGGAACCUGAUGCUUGGAGCUCCUGGGGAUGGGGCGACGAUGACAAUUCCAAUGCCCAGCCUGUAUCGCAACAGCCUCAGGCUGUUGUUUCGCAACCCAUAGCUGAAAGUUUUGCAAACGACGAAUCCUGGAAUUGGUCUGUAGAUGCGCAGCAACAGCAACGACAGUCUAAUGAAAAUAACGCUCAGCAAGAUCAAAAUUUGUUCCCAACAAUUGGAGAUCUUAAAGCAGCAAUAAAACCUGAUCAAGCUGAACUUUUAAAUACUAACAGAAAAAAGCUUGAUACGCCUCAGUGGUCAACUGAGUCUGUAGAAUCAUCUGAUGACGUUUUGCAGACCUCAGAAAGCGACAAGAGCCAUAUGGUUUCUAGAUCAUCCACUAUAAGCCACUCACCAAUUUCUGGCCAAGAAUCCUCGCCUUUGGUUCAAGGUUUGCUUCAUCAGGCAGAAUCAUCUAACAGCUAUCAAGCUGAAAAUAAAGAAAUCGUAAAGCAUCAAGAUGUUUUAGAAAACAGGCCUCAACGUGUUAACCCAACCCCUCCACUGCCUAAAAACAUGCUUACACCACCUUUGCUGCCACCUCCUCAAACUAGCUCGGACGACUCUAGGAACCCUUACAAACGAACCAGUGGACUCUCUCAUAAAGCGCCAAAUAAAUUCAAACCACCUCAAGUUUUCAACCAAUCAGGUAACUUGGAAUCGCUUCCAGACAAUUCAGAACACCCAGAUCAUCCUUUAGUUCAAAAUACUGGAAAAGCAAAUUCUAGUCAUCAACAAUGGCCACAGGCAGAAAAUAAUGAAGCCCCUAUCAAUGAUAGAAAUCAAUAUUUGGAAACUGGCCAAUUGUCUGAAGUAAACUUAGCUGAAGGCAAUGAACCGGAUCAAGGAAAUGACACUCUUCCACCGCCAGGGCUUCAAAGAAUGGUUCCUGGUCAGCUGGAACAAAAUGAAGUUAGAACUGAUCAACAGUUGCCUGGGUUUAGUAGAAUGGUUUUGGGCCAAAAUGAAAAUCGACUUGAUAGCUCUAAUCAAAGUUCCUCUCAGUUUGAUUUAAGUGGUCCACCAGAAGGCCUCCAUCGCAUGAUUCCAGGAGAAUCCAGCUCGCCAGAAACCUCCUUAAGACAACCCCACAUUGAAGAAAACGAUUCUGAAUUGGAAUUGAGUCACUUGACUCAAAAUCACGGAGUGCAACCUCCUAGAUCGGCCACAAUUGGAGCUGAUACACCUCCGAUUCAGACUCAACCUUCAUUGAUUCAAUCUAUUGGCAGUGAUUUGUCAAUUUCAUUGGGUGGAGAUAUUUCUGAUACUCCUCAAGCUGUUGGGGUGUUAUCUAGUGAUUCAAAAACUGGUAAGAGUCAUAAAUCUAAGGAAAAGAUUGAGCAACAAGAGAGAAGGCAAGCUGUAGAAGGUCAAACCAACGAUGACAGUAUCUCCAGUAUAACUAAUGCAGUUAGGAAUUUAACGGUGGGUGAAAACCUGACCGAUGGUCAUACUUCAAACAACAGUAUACCAGAGCAAUCGCCACGGCGGGCUAGCAGACAAGAGAGUAGCGAUAGUGAAAGUGACAGGAAAAAUUCUAGAACGCACAGAGAUAAGAGAUCUGGUGAAAAAUCCAAGUCUAGGGAAAAGGACAGGGAGAGGUAUAAGGAUGGGGAAAGAGACAGGUAUAGAGAUAGAAACAGUGAUAGAUACUCUCCAGAUCCAUACAGGGACAAAAGAGACAAUCGGACUAGAAGAUACAGAGACAGAAGAUAUGAAGAUGAUACAGACUAUUACAGUGACAAAGAUAAAGAACGUAGAGGGCGCGAUGAUAGAGAUAGAGAAUAUGAACAUAAAUACAGCAGCCUCCGCAAAGACAAAGACAAACGACGAAAAGAGCGCGAUUCUCGUGAAUACAGAGACUCUAGAAGGAACGAUUAUUAUUACAGCAGAUACACUGACGAGUAUGGACCUGAGAACAGGUCUAGUCGGCCCUCUAGUCGUACAGAUUCUAUGCACGAAUCGUAUAGAGAGAGUAGGCACCCACCUGAUGCUAGAGAUAGAAGACCAAGGGAAAGGGAUAAUAGAGAAGGCGAAAGGGAGCGCUACAGAGCUAGGGAAUAUAGAAAUAUGUAUAAUCCUUAUCAGAAUUUCUCAAUUGAUCCGUACAAUCCCUACUAUCAGCAAUAUCAGUACUACGAAAAUCUGCGCAGGACAAAUCCGCAAGCCUACGCGGAUUGGUACCGUAAGUACUAUCAGCAAGCAGCAGGAAGUAAUGCUUCUUUCACUGGCGAAGAUAGGGCUUCAGUUCAUUCUGGCAGGAGUUCGGCCAAUGAUGAACUAGCCAAGGAUAGCAUCGGUUACAACAGAACUCUAGACACAACUGAAAACUCUCUCUUAUACGAAGAACAAGUUGCUGCCUCCCAAAGAUUGACACCCACCAAGUACGCAACAGCUCACAUGAAAGCUGCUAUUAGCUCUGGAAAAUUCGUACGAAUCCUACCCCAUUAUCCUAUGGACGGUCAAAACGCUGUUGUAGAACUGUGCGAUUUCCAAGUCUUUUUGGAAAACGAGCCUGAUUACAUAGAGCUAAGUUCAUUUCCGGGGCCUCUGAUCAAAGGCGUAACCCAUAAGAAGCAAAUUAUAGAGUAUUGUGAUGGUAAGAUUAGAGGAGCUGCCAAUAAUAGGGACAUUGUGGAUAAUGAAUCUUAUGUUUUGAUGUGGGAGUUAUUGAUUUUACUUAUACGUCAAAAUGGAAUGGUUGUUGGUGCAGAUAUUGCAGAGUUGCUUUUGAAAAAUCGCAAUUUUGAACCUACCCCAAGGCCUCCAUCAGUUCUUUCUACUACCAGCAGCAAAAAUGAAAUUUCUGAGGCUUCAAACCAUCAGAUUUCUGAACAUGGAAGCACCCAAUCGAUUUUGAAAGAAGAAGAGGUUACUAGGAAAUUUAGGGAGUAUUUAUUGUAUGGUUCGUGCCAGGAAGCACUUGAAUGCGCAAUGAAGUUUGGUUUAUGGGGACACGCCCUUUUUUUGGCAAGCAAACUAGACAAAAGAACAUACGCUAAUGUAAUGAUGCGAUUUGCCAACGGCCUGACAAUGAACGAUCCUUUACAGACUCUCUAUCAGUUGCUUUCUGGAAAAAUGCCUGCUGUAGUAACUUGUUGCUCUGACGAAAAAUGGGGCGAUUGGCGACCUCAUUUGGCCAUGAUCUUAUCAAAUUCCACACAAAGGCCUGAAUUAAAUUGCAAAGCAAUCACUCAAUUAGGUGAUACGUUAUUGACUAGAGGCAGCCUAUAUGCUGCGCAAUUUUGCUAUCUGAUGGCUGAAGUAGGAUUUGGGAAGCACACCGAUUCAGGUACAAGACUGGUGCUGUUGGGAUCUGACCAUAGGAAACCUUUCCCUCAAUUUGUUACCAAUGAAGCUGUACAUAUGACGGAGAUUUAUGAAUUUGCUUGUAGUUUAAAUGAUCAGAGUUUUCAUAUUUCUGAAUUUUUGUUUUAUAAAUAUUUAUUGGCCACAAGACUAGCAGACUUUGGCCUGCUCCAAAGAUCUCUUCAAUAUCUUGAGCUGAUAGCAGCGAGGAUUAUUUCCAAUCCGAAUGGAGUGACUCCUGCUCUAGUGGAUGGGGUUUAUGAGCUUUCUGAUAAACUUAAGUUUUACGAUCUUGUGGGUGAAGCUGAAGAUGAGUCGGAGUUUGGUGGGGCACUUGAAACUAGCAGGCCUGAUAAUUCUUGGUUGAAGGAUUUGAGAGCUAUACAGAACGAUUAUCAGUCUGGCAAAAUUACUAGAGAUGUUUUUGGUUAUGGUACCAAUCAAGAUCUGCACCAAACCUUAACAACAGACAAUACGCUGCAACAAUCGCCCUAUAAUCAAGGCAACGAUGCGUGGGAGCAAGAGCAGCAACAAUACGACCAGGAGCAACAGAGGCAGUUUGAACAGUACAAUCAGCAAGAGCAAAUUUGGACUCCUGAGCAACCCACUAUAGGGUAUCCAGAGAACCAAACCCAGUCAAACAAUAUGUUAAAUCAAUAUCAGGAUCAGGCAAAUUAUUGGGCAGGACAACAACAAGCGCAACCUUGGGGCGAGCAAAUCAACCAAUACAGUCAAGAAAGUGUUGCUAAUCAGCAAGAUACACAGACUGGUUAUUAUGAUAAUACAAUUAGUCAAACAGAGGAACCUCUAGUGCCCCAAAUCUCGAUGCCCAAUCAGCCUAAAGGCGAGCCUCUGCCUCAAGAACAACAAAAUAACAAACAGGAAACUUCAAAAUCCAAGCCUCAAUCGCCUAAACAGGAAAGUACUCAGACUACUGGUUGGUUUGGUGGUAUUUUUAGUAAGUUGUCGAUGAGACCCAAGAAUCAGAUGAAAUUGCCUGAAGAUAAAAAUCCUAAGAUUGUGUGGGAUGAAACAAAAAAGAAAUGGACCAACAUGGACGAAGAUCCCAACGAUCCUGUUAACGAAUUCAAACCGCCGCCCAAAAUGGCAGAUUUGAUGCCCAAAACUCAAAUACCAACAGGUAGCAUUAGUAGUGGUUUGGAUUAUAGUUUUGCACCAAAUAACAGCAUGGAUUAUAGUAGUUUGGCCAAUUUUAAAACUAGUCUACCAGUUAAUAAUGCGCCAUUUAAUGUAGAUCAACGGAAUAUGGCUACAGGCCCAAUGUCGCUGCCUGUAAUUUCUGGAGAGGAUGUAGUUGCUCCGUUAAAACCUAUGCAGUCUAAUAUGUUCAAGAUGCAGAAAAAUAGGAAUGUGAAAAAUGCCUAUGUAGACGUCUUCAAACAAAACGGCGUAAAAUCGAAUAUGGAAGGAAUACCGCCUCCUGAAAACGUACCAAUGGUGGCUCCGACUCAAAUGAACUUUUUCAUACCUCAACCUAUGGCCAACGCGAACGCUUCCUUGGACUUUUUGACGCCGGGUGGGGCACCUGUACAAAUUGGAGAACCGCAGAAAAAAUGAGGCAGAUGGAGGAUACAGCAAAAAGGUGGUAGAGUUUUCGGGUCAAUUUUUUGGGGGGCAAAGUUCCAGAACUCUACUUGUGACUUUGUGAUUGUUAUAUUGAAAUUUUAUCAACUAUACAUAAUGUAAAAUAUAAGUUUUAGUGUAUUAUAAUAACAUAUUGUUGUCUAAGGGAAUAAACAUAAUAGUGAUGGUUACAGAGAAAUGAUUUUAUUUAUUCAUUGUUUUAUAAAAUCUUGAGCAGUUUCU